UUUCUUUCUUUCUCUUCACCAUCUUUGUUGAAGUCAACGUUUUUUUCUCAAAUUGUUUCUAUUUGUUUUCUUUUUCUACAAAUUAGUUUUAUUCUUUAAUUGGAUUACAAUUUGGAUACAAUUAGUGAAGUGAUUUUGUGAUUUUCUAAUUAUGGUUAAUUGUCAAUUGUCAACAUUCAAAUUGUCUCGGUGCUCAUUUCGCUUAGACAACCAUUCAAACGCCAUUGUCCCUCCUUAAGGAUUUACUGUUUCUCUUUCUUUCCUUUCUUUUUUCUCUUCACUUUGGUUCUUCUCUUUCUCUGUGGAUACACUUUGUUAACUAACAAAAUUUUUGUUCUUUUUUGGAUUACAUUUUUAAUUUAUUCUUAUUAAUUCUAAUGAUUAUCACCUGAUGAGACAAUUUACAGAUCCAUGUGGAUUUUAAUUUUGUCAACACUUUUUUCUUGCCUUCUCUCAACGACCACAACAACCUUAUCAUCGCCAACAACACCAGCUCAAAAUGAUAACUCGCCUGAUUCCCGUGUUAUUUUACGAACACAAAUAAGUUACCCACCUCAAGAUACUAAAGUGAUAUUAAGUAAUACUGCUGAGAUCCAGUGUGGUGUUAGACAUGAUCCCACGGUACCAUUUAGCCUUAAAUGGUAUUUUAAUGAUAAAGAGAUUGUCAGUAAACUUUCAAGCCGAGUUCAGGUUUUAAAUGAUGGAACCUUGAGAAUUGAACAGGCUCGUAAUACUGAUGUCGGUAUUUACAACUGUUCAAUCACUUCGGCUACUGGAAAUGAUUCUCGAACGGCUCGAUUGGAUCUUAUUGAACUUCCCCAUCCACCCACCGAGGUUAAAGCUCAACUCAACAUCCUCGGUGGAUUUGUUAAUGUCACAUGGACUCCAAGUUUCAAUGGUAACUCACCAAUCAUCAAGUAUAUUGUUUACAGUCGAGUGAAACUAAUUACUGGUGCAAGUGAUGGUAGCUCUGCUAACAGUGGUCACCCUGAAACUGAAUCAUGGGAUGAUUUAUCGUAUCAAAGUUCAAAUAUCCAAGGUUGGAGAGUAGCUCAAGCAAAUAUAUCAGCAAGUCAAACUUUUGUUCUCAUUCACAAUUUAAGACCUGCAAUGACUUACCAGUUUAGGGUUUCUGCUGUUAACUUUGUUGGUGAAGGUCAACCUAGUAAUCCAUCUACUCCCCCGGUCACCCUACCCGCUCAACCACCAAGUGAAGCACCGAUCGGUGUAGUUGGUGCUGCUCGCUCUUCCACUGCCAUUAUGAUCCAAUGGCAACCUCCUCCGGGUGAGGCUCACAAUGGACAUUUACUAGGUUACUUAAUAAGGUACAAAUUGGCUCGAUAUGCAGAAACACCUUGGUACCAUAGAAAUGUUACCAAUCCAGCGCAACUUUCUUUUCACUUGGAUGAUUUAAUUGUUUGGCAAAACUAUGAGAUUCAAAUCGCUGCCUACAAUGAGAUGGGUGUUGGUGCUUUCAGUGAAUCUAUUUGUAUUCGUACUAAAGAAGACAAACCAGCAGCGGCUCCUAGCCAGGUAACUGCUCGAGCAUUAAAUUCAAGAACUAUUCAAGUUUCCUGGUUUCCACCGGAUCCUCAGUUAAUCAAUGGGAUCAACCAAGGAUACAAGUUGAAAGCAAGUCUAAAGAAUGGAACCCUUUUUGAUGAAAUUCACGCUGAUCCACAUCAUUUAACUGAUCGUCCCAUCUUAAGUAAUCUAACUGAUCUGCGACCAUUCACUGAAUAUCUGAUAACAGUUCUUUGUUAUACAAAUGCUGGAGAUGGACCAACUAAUGAUCCACCCAUAACAGUUGUUACUGAACAAGAUUUACCUGGUGAAGUUGAUAGCUUCCGGUAUUGGGAUUUAUGGGAUAAAAGUGUUGAUCUCGGUUGGACUCAACCAAUCCAAUCUAACGGUGAGUUAAUUGGUUACACUUUGAAACAUUACAUUGCUGAUGCUCCUCGUGAUCAAUGGACUGUAUCCAAUUAUACAGCCAAUACAAAUGAGACUCGGAUAAGUAAUUUAAAACCAACUACUUUGUAUCGAUUUGAGAUAAAUGCUUGGACUAGAGUUGGUCCUGGUCCAGUCAAAUCAUUGACCAUUAAGACGAGUUUCCCUCCUGUACUACCUCAACCUCCAAGUCGUCUUGCCAUUUCAAAUAUUGGUCCAUUUUCAGUUGUCCUCCAAUUUACCCCUGGUUUUAAUGGCAAUGCUUCAAUCAGUAAAUGGAUCGUUGAAGGUCAAUUUUUUAAAUUACGAAAUGCAAAUUGGACCUCAAUUUAUGAGUCAGUUAAUAACAGCCAUCCAAACGCAAUUAAUGUUAAAAAUUUGCGACCUUACACCGAAUAUCGACUUCGAUUAAUUCCUGUCAACAUUGUUGGACGAAGUAUUGACCCAUCAGAACCAUCACCAUCUUUCCAAACUCUGCAAGCACCACCCGCUCAUCCACCUCUCAAUGUUACCUUACGUUCACUGAAUUCAACCAGUUUAAGGGUCCGUUGGACUCCACUGCCCCCAGAAUCUUGGUAUGGUCAGCCGAGAGGUUACAACAUUACCUGGUUUGAAACAUCAGAGGAAAAUGAAUUAGAGAUGAUAGGUGAACGGAAAUGGCAUGUAUCCGGUGAUUAUCAUUCUCACUCGUAUACAAUAACUGGUUUGGAAGAGUAUACUAAUUAUGCAGUCCAAGUUUUUGCUCUUAAUGAUGUUGGAUCAAGCAAUGGUAGCCGACUUGUAGCAACACGUACAUCUGAGGCCACACCUACAACUGGUCCGAACAAUGUUAAAAUUACUGCAACCUCUUCAACAACAAUUCUUGUUGAAUGGUCCGAAGUUCCAAAAAACCAUCAAAAUGGAGUAAUCCAAGGAUUUAAGGUUAAAUAUCGAGCUCAACGUCCUGAUGAAAUCUCUGAGUUCAAAAAGAUUGAACGAAAUGAAUCUCGAACAGCAACUCUAACCGAACUUAAAAAGUACACUCUUUACUCUGUCUCUGUUUGUGCCUUCACUCAUCUCGGUGAUGGAGUUUAUAGUCCUAGUUUCUCUGUUCAAACGCUACAAGAUGUACCUGGAGCUCCUUCAAACAUUUCUUUCCCGGAUGUUACUUUAACCACAGCACGAAUCCUCUGGGAUAUACCGGAAGAACCCAACGGUGAAAUAUUAGCAUAUAAGGUAACAUACAAUCAAAACGUUUCCGAUACUUUUUCAGACUAUUCACAUGAACUCGCUUCAACCGAUCGAACUUACAAAGUUCCUGGUUUACAACCAAAUACCUACUAUUUGUUCAGUGUUACCGCUCGAACCAAAGAGGGUUGGGGUCAACCAGCUAAUGCCUAUGUUUACACCACCAAUAAUCGUGAGCUUCCAGCUAAUCCGUCCAUGCCUUAUAUCAGCUCAUCUCAAAUAAAUUCACGUCAAGUUACCUUCACUUGGAAACCUGGUUACGAUGGUCUAGCACCUUUACGUUAUUACACUGUUCAAGUUUCUUCACAAGGUGGUCCUUGGGCCACUGUUUCUCAUCGUAUCGAUCCCUCACUAACUAUUUACACUGUUACCGGAUUGAAACCAUUCACAACUUACCAAUUUCGUAUUCGUGCCACCAAUGAUAUCGGCAACUCUAAUUGGUCUCCAGAAAGUCCAGCUAUUCUAACUCUUCCAGCUCCACCCGACUUUUCAGUGACCGGUGUAACUGUUUCUCCUUACAGUCCAACCGCAGUUUCGGUUAAAUGGACACCGAUCAAAGAAUGGAAUGGUGAUGAACAAGGUGCAGGAUACAAAGUUCAAUAUUGUUUAGUGUCUUCCGUUGUUUCAACAACCCAUUGUCCGUCCACCCUUGUCCAGGGUCCAGCAGUGACCGGUGUUUCAAUCGACAACCUGGAAAGGGAUCAUCAAUAUGAAAUAAAAGUCAUCCCCUUUAACAGUCAAGGUGAAGGACCAAGUAGUAAAACUAAAAUAGUUUAUGUUGGUGAUGCUGUGCCCAGCGGUCCUCCUUUAAAUGUGAAAGCCAUUGCUUUGUCAUCAACAGAAGUAAAUGUUACUUGGUCACCUCCCGAGAAUGAUAAGCAAAAUGGUCAAAUUUUGGGAUACAAAAUAUUUUACUGGUUAUCAUCAUCAUCAUCUAAAUUAUCAUCAAAAACCAAUGACUCUAAAGAUAGUGUUAUUAGUGAUGAAGAUUUAGAGGAUAAUAAACGUGAAGUGAUGGAAAUAGUGCCCAAUACUUACCUGGAACUCUCAGAUUUAGAAAUGUUCAACAAUUAUCACGUUCAAGUGUCUGCUUUUAACCCAGCGGGUGAUGGACCUCGGUCUACCGCUAUUGCCGUCCAAACUAAAGAGGAUCUACCGGAUAUUGUCGGUCAACUUGCGUUCACCGAUAUUACCAUGAGUAGUCUUCGUAUUCACUGGGAUCCACCAACCAAAUCCAAUGGUAUUUUAACUGGAUAUUUCGUUGUUUAUGAAACAACAUCAAAUCAAGACGAUUUCAGUAAACAGGUUAAACAAACUGUCGCUGAAAAUCAUUUGCAUGUUAAAGGAUUAAAAGAAAUGAUGACUUACAACUUUAAGGUUCGUGCAAAAACAUCAAUUGGUAUGGGUCCAGAGAGAAGUGGUAAUGUUACCACUGGACCUCAACCUGGUUCACCACCGCCAGUGUCACAUUUCAAUUUUUAUCAAACAUCAAACGCUGUCCGUUUGAGGUGGAAAAAUCCUGACUAUGGAGGUAUCAUUGGUUACCUUGUUGAAGGUCAACGUGUGUCCGGUGAUUCUCGAGAAUGGUAUCCCGUCCAAGAAUUACGAACCGGCCUUAUUGAUAGCUAUGAUCUCAGUUUCGCCAAUCUCAAAGCAUCAUCACAAUACACAUUCCGUAUCAUGACAAUCAACAAAUUUGGUAUCAGUAUACCUUCAACUCCACCAGCAGCUAAUAACGCUGGUGUCUCAUCGAAUCUCAUCUACAUCACAACUCCUUCUCAAUUAGAAUUAUCAAAUAAAUUACCCUUUUAUUUUGAAAAUUGGUUCAUCACUUCAGCGGCAUCCAUUUUAGCCUUAAUUCUUGUCCUGUUUUUCGCAAUCAUUUGCGUUUGUAACACUGCCUACAAAUAUAAACAAGAGGCCAAGAAACGAGGCUCUCAAGAUGGACUCAGUGAAAAUGAGUUUGGUCUUGUUGAUAAUCUUCAUAAUCCAUACGCAUCAGGUUUUGAGCUUCGUCAAAACACUUUACGCUCUCAAGCUUCCAGACGAAGUACCAGUGCUCUUAAUUCAAUUAACAUGGCAGCGGCUAAAUGUCCACCUCGACCUUCACCUGGUUCAAUAACUUAUUCAGAAGAUGAGGUGGAUGAAGAUGCUAAAGAUGCCAACCUUUAUUGUUCAAGUGGUGACAGUGUAACUGAAAAACCAAGUGAACUAAGUAGUAGUGGUCCUGAAUCUGAUUCAGAUCAUGAUGAUAUUUAUCACUUUGUUAACCAUUAUGCCAAUGUAAAUGAUACCCUAAACAAAAGUCAACCCUCAUGGAAAAGAGGGGCAGCUUCCUAUAUAGUGCAAACAUCAUCUUCCACCGCGGGCGGAAGCAGUGGAAGUGGCAGUGGUUCCGGUGUAGGAAUCAGCGGUCCAUCAGCCAUACCCAGGCGACCACCUCCACCAGCUCCUGGACCAGCACCGCCAAGUUAUAAUGCAGCCAUUGCCUCUGAAGAUAGUGAACUCGAUUGUCCCAGUGUAAAUUUGAACGGCGGUCGAAUUAUAAUAAACAACAUGGCUGGAAGUCGCGCACCUCUGCCAGGAUUCUCGUCUUUUGUCUAGUUCUCAACCAAUUAACUAAUUCUUUUACUCAUAUUGAUCAUCUAUUUGAAAUUCGUUAGAUGGUUUUUAGUUAGAAUUGUAAUUUUUAUAUCUUUUACCUUUCGCAAACUUUAUAUUGUAAAUUAUUUCUUCAUCAUCGUCAUCAUCUCUAUUUUAAAAUGAUUCAUUCCUCACUUUUUUCUGUGAUAAUCCUAAUCCUCGGAUUAUCAGAUAUUUUUCAUCUUCUAUUACAUUGAUUAACGAUUAAUUGUUUAAUUAAUGUAAAUCAUGUUUCUCAUUGUAAUGAUUCAAAAAUCUCAUUAAACGGACUCGUCCUUUAAUUUAAUUGU